CCGCGGAGCGCGCGACAUGGCUGCCGGGGCUGGACCCGCCGGCGUACCUCGACGGCACGCUGCCUGGUGACUACGGGUUUGAUCCCCUGGGGCUCGGGGAGCAGCCUGAGGACUUGAAGUGGUACGUCCAGGCGGAGCUCGUGCACUGCCGGUUCGCCAUGGCAGGGGUUGCCGGCAUCCUUGGAACCGAUUUGAUCCGUGUAUCAGGACUCGGCAACCUACCCGUGUGGUUUGAAGCAGGUGCCACGAAAUUUGACUUUGCCAACACCACAGCACUCUUCUUUGUCCAGCUUCUCUUGAUGGGAUUUGUCGAAACCAAGAGGUACAUGGACUUCGUUAAUCCAGGAUCACAAGCAAAGGAAGGGACAUUCCUUGGGAUAGAAGCUUCACUCGAAGGUUUACAGCCAGGAUACCCUGGGGGGCCACUAUUUAACCCAAUGGGACUCGCCAAAGAUAUAGAGAAUGCGAAUGAAGUGAAGCUGAAAGAAAUAAAGAAUGGGAGGUUGGCAAUGGUUGCUAUGCUUGGAUUUAUUGUGCAAGCGUCUGUGACUCAUGCUGGGCCCAUCGAGAAUCUUUUGACACAUCUUUCAGACCCGUUCAACAAAAAUAUCAUUCAUGCACUAACCUUGUCUUGAAAAUUCACUGUCUCGAAAUUUCGUUUAUUUUUCCUUUUUUCCAUCUAAUAAAGGUGUAGCACAUCAGAUCACAAUGGUCUCUUACAGGAAGCGCAAUUCUUCUCAGCCCCCUCUUUGUAAGGCUCUAUCGGUAACGAAAACUGAAUAUGAAACUUCUGUGGGAGGAACUGUAAAAAACUCAGUACACAGUUGCCACUACAGGUGGGGUGACAAAUUGAUUUUCUUCAAAUGCAAACAAGAUACAGUGAUAGUUUAUAUCGA